ACUCCUCUUUCUCUCCAUCCAGAUGUGUUUAUUGUGUCUGCUAAGCGGACCCCGUUUGGCACCUACGGUGGGGUGCUGAAGGACCACAGUGCAACAGACCUAGCAGAGCAUGCCUCCAAGGCUGCCCUCGCUGCUGGGGGAGUGGCACCUGAGCUUGUCAACAGUGUCAUCUUUGGAAAUGUCAUGCAGGUGGGUCUAAAACUUCAAAGAGCAAGCAGAGGCAAGGAUAAACUCUAGGAGGGAAAUGUGUGAGCAGACAUAUGGCUGAUUCUCUUUCUUUCUCUCCAGAGCUCUGCAGAUGCUCCAUACAUCGCCCGUCACGUGGGCCUGAGGUGUGGGGUGCCCAUUCCAGUGCCUGCUCUCACCGUGAACCGCCUCUGUGGGUCCGGCUUUCAGUCCAUUAUCAAUGGAUAUCAGGUACAUUAGACAUACUUUAGACACUGAAACUCUACAUAGUCUAUACUGUUACUCACCACUGAGCAUUUUUUAAAGUAUCUCUGUCUGAACUGGACUCGUGCCCACUGUACAGUAGAAAAAUAAAUCAUUAUUAACAUGCAAAGUUUUGAGUCACAGAGACCUCAGUAAAGUCCUUUUUGCUGCAGUGUCACAUACACUUUUGUUGUUUGAGGGUUUGUAGGUCAAUUGUAGGUGCAUGGUUUCUGCCUCUGCUGAUCGCUUAGGAACAUUAGCAGCCUUGUGCGUUUGUCCCCUUUAAGACCCUGUGUGUGUCUGUCUCUGUAGGAAAUCUGUCUGAAGGAUUCAGAGGUGGUACUGUGUGGAGGCUCGGAGAGCAUGAGCCAGGCGCCGUAUGCUGUCCGCAACGUCCGCUUCGGAACCAAGUUCGGACUCGACCUCAAGGUAUUGAAUUAAUAAAUGAGGAGAGGUAAGUACAAAAUCUGUAUAGUUUGUCAUUUUUGACCGCAAGAGCCCGUUAACAGCUACUCUAAACCAAUGCCAAGGACUAAGCUAACGUGUUCUGUCUUCUUUGACUUAGCUAGAGGACACUCUGUGGGCGGGGCUUACUGACCUGCACAUUAAGAUCCCAAUGGGCAUCACAGCAGAGAACCUGGCAGUGAAAUAUGAGAUCAGCAGAGACGACUGUGACAAAUACGCACACCAGACACAGCAGAGGUGGAAGGCAGGUCAGAGGUCAACACUUACCAUAACUACGUUCACAUGUUUACGAUCCUUACUUAAGGCAUGCAGACUCUGUCCUGAUUUAAUAAGGAAUUCCAGAUGAUCUGUCCUCAGAAAACCAGAAAUACAGUUGAAGUUUACAUACACCUAGCCAAAUACAUUUAAACUCUGUUUUUCACAAUUCCUGACAUUUAAUCCUAGUAAAAAAUUCCCUGUCUUAGGUCAGUUAGGAUCACCACUUUAUUUUAAGAAUGCGAAAUGUCAGAAUAAUUGUAGAGAAAAUGAUUUAUUUCAGCUUUUAUUUCUUUCAUCACAUUCCCAGUGGGUCAGAAGUUUACAUACACUCAAUUAGUAUUUGGUAGCAUUGCCUUUAAAUUGUGUAACUUGGGUCAAACGUUUCGGGUAGCUUUCCACAAGCAUCCCACAAUUAGUUGGGUGAAUUUUGGCCCAUUCCUCCUAACAGAGCUGGUGUAACUGAGUCAGGUUUGUAGGCCUCCUUGAUCGCACACGCUUUUUCAGUUCUGCCCACACAUUUUCUAUAGGAUUGAGGUCAAGGCUUUGUGAUGGUCACUCCAAUUCCUUGACUUUGUUGUCCUUAAGCCAUUUUGCCACAACUUUGGAAGUAUGCUUGGGGUCAUUGUCCAUUUGGAAGACCCAUUUGCAACCAAGCUUUAACUUCCUGACUGAUGUCUUGAGAUGUUGCUUCAAUAUAUCCACAUAAUUUUCCUUCCUCAUGAUGCCAUCUAUUUUGUGAAGUGCACCAGUCCCUCCUGCAGCAAAGCACCCCAACAGCAUGAUGCUGCCACCCCCGUGCUUCAUGGUUGGAAUGGUGUUCUUCUUUUUCCUCCAAACAUAACGAUGGUCAUUAUGGCCAAACAGUUCUAUUUUUGUUUCAUCCGACCAGAGGACAUUUCUCCAAAAAGUACGAUCUUUGUCCCGAUGUGCAGUUGCAAACCGCAGUCUGGCUUUUUUAUGGUGGUUUUGGAGCAGUGGCUUCUUCCUUGCUGAGUGGCCUUUCAGGUUAUGUCGAUAUAGGACGCAUUUUACUGUGGAUAUAGAUACUUUUGUACCUGUUUCCUCCAGCAUCUUCACAAGGUCCUUUACUGUUGUUCUGGGAUUGAUUUGCACUUUUCGCACCAAAGUACGUUCAUCUCUAGGAGACAGAACGCGUCUCCUUCCUGAGCGGUAUGACGGCUUGGUGUUUAUACUUGCGUACUAUUGUUUGUACAGAUGAACGUGGUACCUUCAGGUGUUUGGAAAUUGCUCCCAAGGAUGAACCAGACUUGUGGAAGUCUACAAUUUUUUUUGUUCUGAGUCUUGGCUGAUUUUCUUUUGAUUUUCCCAUGAUGUCAAGCAAAGAGGCACGGAGUUUGAAAGUAGGCCUUGAAAUGCAUCCACAGGUACACCUCCAAUUGCCUCAAAUGAUGUCAAUUAGCCUAUCAGAAGCUUUUAAAGCAAUGACAUCAUUUUCUGAAAUUUUCCAAGCUGUUUAAAGGCACAGUCAACUUAGUGUAUGCAAACUUCUGACCCACUGGAAUUGUGAUACAGUGAAAUAAUCUGUCUGUAAACAAUUGUUGGAAAAAUUACUUUUGUCAUGCACAAAGUAGAUGUCCUAACCGACUUGCCAAAACUAUAGUUUGUUAAAAAGACAUUUGUGGAGUGGUUGAAUAACAAGUUUGAAUGACUCCAACCUAGUGUAUGUAAACUUUCCGACUUCAACUGUACAUCUGCAACUUGUCAUGACAAUGAACUGUUUUUCCAGAUUUCUAUCUGAACGCUGACCACAUCCCUGACUUUGUCUGUGUGCUCUCUUAACCUUAGCCCACGAGGCGGGCCACUACACGGCAGAGAUCGCGCCCAUCGAAGUGAAGGCAAAGAAGGGCAAAGUACCCAUGACCCAGGACGAGCACCCUCGGCCCCAGACCACCCUGGAGCAGAUGGCUAGGCUACCCCCUGUCUUCAAGAAGGGAGGAACGGUGACCGCCGCCAACGCAUCAGUGAGUACUAAACAAGACUGAUACAAUCUGGGUCCAAGCCCUUUCAUCCAAUUCCUACCAACUCUUGCCAACAGAGUAUCACAUUCAGUCUAUCCCCAAGCACACUGGUUGUAAAUGGAGUGCAGAUCAUUUUGGUGUGCUGUAUUGUGCUAAGCGUAAAUCCUGUGUGCUAGUUUUGAAUGUACUAUUCUUCAUGUUAUUUUCCUAUUCCACAGGGUGUGUCUGACGGAGCUGCUGCCGUGGUGAUAGCCAGUGAGGAAGCUGUGAAGGAGCACAAGCUCACCCCAUUGGCAAGAAUAGUGGCAUAUCACGUCUCAGGCUGUGACCCAAGCAUUAUGGGAAUCGGUGGGUGACUGGCAACAAAUGGCUCAUGUACUUGAUGAAAACAUAUACAGCCAAAUAUAGGCCUUUCUAGCAUGGCCAUCAAGUGGUUUCUGUUGGUAAGGUUCUGUCAUUCUCCCCCCUCAGGCCCAGUCCCAGCCAUCACUGAAGCCCUGAAGAAAGCCGGUCUCACCCUCCAAGACAUGGAUCUGGUGGAGGUAUGCCCAUCUGUUUUUCAAGUUCAAUAAUAGGAAGUAGGAACUGAUGCAGAAAAUCGUGGCUAUUUGGUUGCUCUGUUUUGCUUUACUCUCUCAUUCUUGUAGCGCACCCUGUAGAAUUUACUUCCUCCCUUUGUCUCUCCCUCUCUUUCUCCUGCUCUGAUUUCGCCUGUCCUUCUCGCUCUCUCUGUCACAUUUGCUGUCUCUCAGGUGAAUGAGGCAUUUGCUGCUCAGUACCUGGCGGUUGCCAAGGCAUUAGGUCUGGACCCAGAGAAGAGUAAUGCUGAUGGAGGGGCUAUUGCCAUCGGCCACCCCCUGGGAGCCUCUGGAGCACGCAUCACUGCUCACCUGGUCCACGAGCUCAGGUAACCCCACCACACCAGUAGUCUUCUUACUACUCAGAUCACUUCUUAUCGCUCUGUAAAUAUGUAGUUGAACUAACUGUCUAAUCAAAUCUUUAACAAUUUGUUUGUACUAUGUAAGGGAACAGGCAAGAGGUUUUUAAUUAACCAAUAAGGCCUGAGGGGGGUGUGGUGUAUAUGGCCAAUAUACCACGGCUAAGGGCUCUUCUUAAGCAUGACGCAACAGGGAGUGCCUGGAUACAGCCCUUAGCGGUGGUAUAUUGGCCAAAUACCAUAAACCCCUGAGGUGCCUUAUUGCUAUCAUAAACAGCUUACCAAUGUAAUUAGUCCCGUGUAGCUCAGUUGGUAGAGCAUGGCGCUUGCAACGCCAGGGUUGUGGGUUCGAUUCCCACGGGGGACCAGUAUGAAAAGAUGUAUGCACUCACUAAUUGUAAGUUGCUCUGGAUAAAUGACUAAAGUUGGUCUGCUAAAUGACUAAAAUGUAAAUUAGAACAAUAAACAAGUAGUUUUGCGUCAUACCCAUGGUAUAUUGUCUGCUAUACCACAGCUUUCAGACAAUCGGCAUCCAGGAGCCAAACCAAUAAAUAACACAAUUCAAUGGCUGAGCAAUUCAUGUUAUGUCACAGAUGAGUGAUUUUCAUUUGUGUUUUUUCUCUCUCUCUCUCUCCCUCCUUAGGCGGAUUGGGGGAAAGUAUGCUGUGGGAUCAGCCUGCAUCGGUGGUGGUCAGGGUAUCGCCAUCAUCAUAGAGAACACUCACUGAGGAACCGAGCAAACCAUCCACACUCAGAAGGGUACAUACUAUACCAUCCACACUCAAAAGUGUACUUGCAAUACCAUCCACACUCGAAACACACACCACACCCCUACAUACUCAAUAGAGUAAUGUAAAUGUUAAAAUGUAAUGCCAUAUACACACUCGAAUAAGACCUUUAGGUUGUUGUCCAAUGUAGAGUUGAAACACCAGAGUGCAUUCUUAGUAUUGACUUGAAAUGUAAGAAUAUCCACUUUCCAAUGUAAAAAAAGAAAAGAAUGUUUGAUCCACGCUUCAAAUUAGACGACUCCAGCAUCUACACUAAAAAAAAAGACCAAGAUCUCCUCAUAAUUACUCCAGAAAAUGGCUGCUGUUUCUCUGAACACAGAAGACAAGGGUAUUUGUAUGUUUAGUAACACAAAUGUCUGAUAAACUCCCUCCUUUCUUGGAUGCUUCAUAUUCCUGUUACCUUUUCUAAACGUUCAUGUAUGGCAACCAUACUGUCUGUAUCUGCUUAAAGAGGCCUUGUGAAUCUGAAGAGCUAACUCCUGUUUUUGUAAAGGGACAUACUAUUUACCUCUCGCUGUAGCAUAUGAACAGUUGAGAUGAGUGUUUGAGUUGAGGUAACCAAUGUUGCUUUCUGUGGAAAGAGAGCAGUAACUGCCUCUUUUAUCCAGAAUUUCUCUCCUUGCCUGAAUUAUCACUCCUUUGCAGGGAUCACCAUUGCCCUAAAUACUGUGUGUAUAUGUAAGACAUGUAUACGCUGUCAGGUUUCCUGUAAAGAUAUAUAUUUUUUAUGAUUAAAGUAAAAUAUCAUCUCAAA